GAGCUACUGGGCUCAGUGACGCUACGGCCGCCUCCUACCUAGGUCCGAGCACUCCCUGGUGGGGGUGCGGUCGUGCAAUAGGAAGCCUAGAGCGUUGCAAGCUUCCUGUCCGGCACCAGCUACCCAUCCCCGCACCCUGCCUGGUGCAUUCCCCGGACACCGCCAGGGUCCCCUCCUGAAGUUCCCGGAGCCGCUUUCGCGUGCCAGCCAUGCCUCUAAGCCGCACUUUGUCCAUGUCCUCACUGCCAGGACUGGAGGAGUGGGAGGAUGAGUUCGACCUGGAGAAUACAGUGCUCUUCGAGGUGGCCUGGGAGGUAGCCAACAAGGUGGGUGGCAUCUACACGGUGCUGCAGACAAAAGCGAAGGUGACGGGGGAUGAAUGGGGCGACAACUACUAUCUGGUGGGACCAUACACGGAGCAGGGCGUGAGGACCCAGGUGGAACUGCUCGAUCCCCCGACGCCGGCCCUGAAGAGGACACUGGACUCCAUGAACAGCAAGGGCUGCAAGGUUUACUUCGGGCGCUGGCUGAUCGAGGGGGGGCCCCUGGUGGUGCUCCUGGAUGUGGGGGCCUCAGCCUGGGCCCUGGAGCGCUGGAAAGGAGAGCUCUGGGAUACCUGCAACAUUGGAGUACCCUGGUAUGACCGCGAGGCCAACGAUGCUGUCCUCUUCGGCUUCCUCACCACCUGGUUCCUGGGUGAGUUCCUGGCCCAGAGCGAGGAGAAGCCACAUGUGGUUGCACACUUCCACGAGUGGUUAGCAGGGAUCGGGCUCUGCCUGUGCCGUGCGCGGCGGCUGCCUGUGGCCACCAUCUUCACCACCCAUGCCACACUGCUGGGGCGUUACCUGUGUGCUGGUGCUGUGGACUUCUACAACAACCUGGAGAAUUUCAACGUGGACAAGGAAGCAGGUGAGAGGCAAAUCUAUCACCGCUACUGCAUGGAGCGGGCAGCAGCCCACUGUGCUCACGUCUUCACUACUGUGUCCCAGAUCACUGCCAUCGAGGCUCAGCACCUACUCAAGAGGAAAGCAGAUAUUGUGACCCCCAACGGACUGAAUGUGAAGAAGUUCUCUGCCAUGCAUGAGUUCCAAAACCUCCAUGCUCAGAGCAAGGCUCGAAUCCAAGAGUUUGUGCGAGGCCAUUUUUAUGGGCACCUGGACUUCAACUUGGACAAGACCCUGUACUUCUUUAUUGCCGGCCGCUAUGAAUUCUCCAACAAGGGCGCUGAUGUCUUCCUGGAGGCCUUGGCCCGGCUCAACUAUCUGCUCAGAGUAAACAGCAGUGAGCAGACAGUGGUUGCCUUCUUCAUCAUGCCAGCUCGGACCAACAAUUUCAACGUGGAAACCCUAAAGGGCCAAGCCGUGCGAAAGCAGCUUUGGGACACAGCCAACACUGUGAAAGAGAAGUUUGGAAGGAAGCUUUACGAGUCUUUACUGGUGGGGAGCCUCCCAGACAUGAACAAGAUGCUGGACAAGGAAGAUUUCACUAUGAUGAAGAGAGCCAUCUUUGCCACGCAGCGGCAGUCUUUCCCCCCUGUGUGCACCCACAAUAUGUUGGACGACUCCUCAGACCCCAUCCUGACCACCAUCCGCCGAAUUGGCCUCUUCAAUAGCAGUGCUGACAGGGUGAAGGUGAUUUUCCAUCCGGAGUUCCUCUCCUCCACCAGCCCGCUGCUCCCUGUGGACUAUGAGGAGUUUGUCCGUGGCUGCCAUCUUGGGGUCUUCCCAUCCUACUAUGAGCCUUGGGGCUACACGCCGGCUGAGUGCACGGUUAUGGGCAUUCCCAGUAUCUCCACCAACCUCUCCGGCUUCGGCUGCUUUAUGGAGGAGCACAUCGCGGAUCCUUCGGCUUACGGCAUCUACAUUCUGGACCGGCGGUUCCGCAGCCUGGACGAUUCCUGCUCCCAGCUCACUUCCUUCCUCUACAGCUUCUGCCAGCAGAGCCGGCGGCAGCGCAUCAUCCAACGGAAUCGCACGGAGCGCCUCUCUGACCUUCUGGACUGGAAAUACCUAGGCCGGUACUAUAUGUCCGCACGCCACAUGGCGCUGGCCAAGGCCUUUCCAGAUCACUUCACCUACGAGCCCCAGGAGGCGGAAGCGGCACAGGGCUACCGAUACCCACGGCCGGCUUCAGUGCCACCGUCGCCUUCACUGUCACGGCACUCCAGCCCGCACCAGAGCGAGGACGAGGAGGAGCCCCGGGACGUGCCACCCGAGGAAGACGGCGAGCGUUAUGACGAGGAAGAGGAGGCAGCCAAGGAUCGGCGUAACAUCCGUGCACCUGAGUGGCCGCGCCGCGCCCCCUGUCCUUCCACCGGCGGUAACAAACGCAACUCGGUGGACACAGCGCCCUCCAGUUCGCUCAGCAGCCCCAGCGAGCCCCUCAGCCCCGCUAGCUCCCUGGGUGAGGAGCGCAACUAAGUCACAGGUCCGACACUCUUUGCCUGUCCUGCCUCCCUCCUCAGAGGCUGGGUGCAGAAAGGCACUGGUCUUGAACCCCACUCCAAAUUCCUAGUGGGAUCCACACUCUGUGUGGUCCAUAGCUCCGCCCCUUCCACCAUACACUCCAGCCACUCAGGCUCCCCUCUUGGAGUCCCCAAACUCCAGAAUCCACUAUGCUGUGCCUUUCUCCAGUUCCAGAAUGCAUAAUCUGUGUCCUGGAGUCCUCAGACCUGGACUGGGUCCCAGAGGCUAAGAAUCUGCCAUUACUCUGUGACGGUGCCAGAGGUUUUAGGAAACCUGGCCUGUUGCUUUCCAGGCUGGAUCCCCUACAGCCCUUUGUGGUUUGCAAAUUCUACAGCAUACAGAGCAUGCCAUGCUCAGGCCUGGUCUGGAACCACAUGAUGUCCCUGCUAAUGUGACAGUCAAGUCCAGAGCCAAGGCACUUUCAGGGACUAAGAUAAUCAAAUGUGGAUGGUACUCCAUUUCAACUCCAGAACUCGGACACCAGGACAGGCUCAUGGUCUAGUCCUCCCUAGAGUGUCUGGCUCUGCCUGGAGGAUCCCUCCACCCCUGCUCCUGUUGUUCCCCACACUUUGGUCAAGCCAGGGGUGGCAAAACCACUUGGCUCUUCAUUCCCUCAGGAGAACAUACAGUACUGGUCUAAACACCUUUCUGCCUUUCUGGCCUUCUGUGGACCAGAUCCUAUUCCUCCUUCACUGAGUCUCAGCUCUCCCGCGUAUCAUGUAUCUAUCGUGUAUCGGAGACUCCUUCUGUGCUCUUCAGGGAACCUCCCUGCUGAGGACAUAACUGGAUAUCUACCCCCACCCCCAACCACUCAGCCUGCUGUGAAACCACUAGGUCCUAGCUCCCGACUGCUGAAUCUGGAAACUUAUCACUGUGCUGCAUCCUGUUCUCUUUCCCCUGAUCUAGAACUGCACUCACUGGGUUCUAGAACCCCACAUUUACCUUGAAGCUCUUUCAUCCCCAAGCUGUGCCCUAUCCCCAGCUUCGGUGAAAGAGGGCCCCUUCAUGUGUGCUGUGCUGUCUGAUGCACUGCUUGGUUUGCAUUUGGGAGUGGGAGGGCAGAAGGGGUGUGAUUGGAGUGUGUCUGGAGAUGAAAAAAUACAUCUAUAUUUAAGAAUAUAA